AUGCCACGAUUUAUUCCUUUAGUCGCAGGUAUCGCAUUAGCCACUCUAGUCACAGUCAAGGUCCGAGAUACGGUUUCAAAAGAUCAAAAUGAUAUUCAACAGCGUUUAGAUAAUGUGAAAUCUACGCUUAAUAGAGCAGUAGCUCCUUCAGUUGCCAAAAAUUAUGUAUCUAACUCACAAAAAUACGUCUCUGACAGGUUGAUUCCUUCAGUUGGAACAACCAAGUUAUUAACGCAACUCAUUCGCUUGUUAAACUCGAUAUUGGAUCUAAAGUGA